AUGGCGAAAAAGAAAUCCACCAAAUCCAACAAAUCCGAAGGCGAGACGAACACGUCUUUCAUGUUCCCGUCGCUCCACCAGGCCGUGACCAACGCAGUCUCCCAGGGCAUGGCGGUCCCCUGGUUUUGUGACAUCGACACCGACAGAGGCGUCCGCAACAAAUGGACCACCCACGUCAUAGGCCGUUUCCGGUGCAGGAACAGGAACACCUGCUGCACGAAGGGCUGGAGUAGCAAGAAAGUAGCGAUCCUUAUCCGCGGCUACGACCUGAACGGGUACAAUGCCGUGGUGUUCAACCAGCGGUGCCGGACGUGCGACCAGCUCGGCACUUUGACGCUGGACGAGAAUUCAUACGUCGAGCGAGUGGCGGAUAGGAUCCAGAUCUGGGCGGGCGUUCAAGUGAGGCGGAGCGGGCGCCAUCGAAAGGUUAAGACGAGCAAGCCGCAUGAGAGGGCGCUUUGUGAGGGUUGCAAGAGGGGUGUUUGCCGACAGACGGAUGGCUGGGAGGGGGAGUAUUACUGA